UCCCUGUGGCCGGAGGGUAGCCGCUGCAUAGUGGAAUGAAAGUGUGAAAGCAAUUCUCGCGUGAUGUAGAGUUGCUGUAGUCAGGAGAGGGGCGGAGGCCUAAAGGUGCACCACGUGGGGAUCGCAGCCAGAGCUGAAGCUUGGGCGGGCGUCUAGUUUGGGUCUAGGUUGGAGUUGGAAUCGUGGAGAUGAGGAAGGAAACUCCGCCUCCUUUCGUACCCCCGGCGGUCCGCGAGUGGAACCUUCCCCCUAAUGCACCCGCCUGUAUGGAGCGGCAGCUGGAAGCUGCGCGGUACCGGUCCGAUGGGGCGCUCCUGCUCGGGGCCUCAAGUCUGAGUGGCCGCUGCUGGGCUGGUUCUCUCUGGCUUUUCAAGGACCCUUGUGCCGCCCCCAACGAAGGCUUCUGCUCCGCCGGAGUCCAGACGGAGGCCGGAGUGGCUGACCUCACUUGGGUUGGGGACAGAGGUAUCCUAGUGGCUUCAGAUUCUGGUGCUGUUGAAUUGUGGGAGCUAGAUGAGAAUGAGACACUCAUUGUCAGCAAGUUCUGCAAGUAUGAGCACGAUGAUAUUGUGUCUACAGUCAGCGUCCUGAGCUCUGGCACACAAGCUGUCAGCGGUAGCAAAGACUUCUGCAUUAAGGUUUGGGACCUUGUUCAACAGACGGUUCUGAACUCAUACCGAGCUCACUCUGGGCAGAUCACCUGUGUUGCUGCCUCUCCCUACAAGGACUCGGUGUUUCUUUCUUGCAGUGAGGACAGUAGAAUUUUACUCUGGGAUACCCGUUCUCCCAAGCCAGCAUCACAGUUGGGCUACACUGCCUCUGGCUUCCUUCCUACCUCACUGGCUUGGCAUCCUCAGCAAAGUGAAGCCUUUGUCUUUGGUGAUGAGAAUGGGACUGUCUCCGUUGUGGACACCAAAAAUGCAAGCCUUGCCCUCAGCUCAGCUGUGCACUCCCAGUGUGUCACUGGGCUGGUGUUCUCACCACACAGUAUUCCGUUCCUGGCCUCUAUCAGUGAAGACUGCUCACUCGCUGUGCUGGACUCUGGCCUUUCUGAGGUGUUUAGAAGCCAAGCCCACAGAGACUUUGUGAGAGAUGCUACUUGGUCCCCACUCAAUCACUCCCUUCUGACCACAGUGGGCUGGGACCAUCAGGUCAUCCACCAUAUUGUGCCCACUGAACCUGUUCCAGUCCUUGGUCUUAAGAGUGUUGCUGAGUAGAUUGGACUUAAGCAAAAACAAGUCCCCUAUGAGUCUCCACUCCCAAUAUCCCUGCCCUUUCAGUUUGUGAAACAAGAUAGGAGCCUUAUAUAGUAUGUUGAUAGGCUACAUCUACACAGUUAAUAGGCAUUGUCUUCAAGCCUGGGGGUGGCUGGAUUCUGGGAUCCUGGGAGAAAAAAUUUUUUUCAAAAUGGAUAUGUAUGUUUGUGUGUUUGUCUUGAAAGUGGGUGUAGAUAAAGUUUUUGGUGGUGCUGAGAAUUUUAAAAAAGUCCUAUUCCUAUGUAGCUAGCUAUACAUGAAGUACUGGUUACAUCUGGGUAGGGUAAGGGAUGUGGGCAUCCCUAGAUUCUUGGAAGCAGCUCUUAUACUACUUUAUUUUUUUUUUUAUAGAGUUUUAUUCCCUGUAUCAUGGGAAAUACAUUCAUGAAAAUCUAGCCCAGCUCCCUUUGAUGUAGAGCCAGGACACAACCACAGUUUUGCACAAGUCCUUGCCAUUAAACUGAAUUAGACAUCCAUUUUUAGGCUGAAUAAAGAGUAUGAUUGGUGCAUUUGUAAUAUGUGCUCCCUCUCUCCCCAGGGGAGUUGUGUUUAUGAGAGAUGAGUGUUUUUCUGUCAUAGGUUAGAUCCCGUAGAAAAAAGUUUGAAGAUGAUGGAAAGCUUAAGGGCAUUCCGGUUAAGUUUAAAUUUGAAAACUGACAGACUUUUGCAGGGAAAUCUCUGCCCCCUUUAUCACCAGAAAACAGCCUGGGUCCAGAUCUUUCCCACCUCUGGGGCCCCCUUCUCUAUGUAGGGAGUCUGAAUGCUGUAUUUGUGGACUCUGAAGAUUUUAAAUUCUGGCAGCAGGGAGAGAAUCAGAAAUAAUGGUUGUGAAAUAAAAAGUUUAGCAUUUGUUGGCCUUCCUUUUUAAA